AUGGCGGAGGCCACCGACGACGGAGAAGGAGCAACCCCUCUGGACCAGAGCCUCCCGGAUGAGAUCGUGAUAUGGGAGGUCCUUGUCCGCCUGCCUCCCAAAUCGCUCCUCCGCUGCCGCGCCGUCUGCCGCGCGUGGAGCCGCGCCACUUCCACCCGCGACUUCCUCGUCGCCCACCACGUCUGCCAGCCCAACCUCCCCCUCGUCUGCGACGACCGUAAAAGCGGCAUUGACGUCGUCCCCUUCGACCAUCAGGCAGGGGUUGCCGCUGACGGCCAGCUCCAGCCACUCGCCCGACUAGACACCACCUUAUCCAACAUGGUGGCCUCCUGCGACGGCCUCCUCCUCCUCUCCGACGACGACGACACCAAGUUCUCCAUCUGCAACCCCACAACUCGGCAGUACGCACCGCUCCACCAGCUUGAUGACUACGCUCAGUAUGAUGAAUUCGACUUCACGGUCUUGGCGAUGUACCCGCAUAGCCCUACCGGCGAGUACCGACUUCUCGUAGAGUUGAGGGUUGAUGUUCAAGCUCGCCUCUUCGUCUUCACGAUAGGCUCCACCGACCCGCCAAGGCACAUAGGGUUCCCCUUCCCCGAUGCAUGGGAGGAGAUACACGCUGCACCUGUCCUCAUCCAUGGUAGCCUACAUUGGUACAUGGGACACACCAUAAUGGUAUUCGACACCACAGCUGAGUCGUUCCGGCAGAUGCGCUCUCCCGUUGUUUCAGGAGUUGCUGACCUCUUCCAGAUUGGUGGCACGCUUGGCAUAGCUAGCUUUAAUCGUGGAGUGACAGUCGCGGAUAUCUGGGCGAUGGAGGAUUACCAAGGCGAAGUCUGGGCUUUCAAGCAAAAGGUUGAAUUGCCAGUUGCAGAGCUUGGGAAGCAGUUUGGAGAGUACCAUGAAGAAUGGUGUGUGUUCGUUCAAUCUUGGGACGGUGACUUCUUCGGGCUGGCCAAAUUUGCCCAAGGGCUACUUCACAUCGACAUGGAUGGAAAGGUGGUCGCUACUUUUCAUGGUGAAAUGCUUGGUCUUAGUCCCCUUUGGUUGAAGCAAACUCUUGUUCAGCAUGCCUUCUUCCCGACACUGGAGGGCUAUGUUGUCAAUGGUCCGCCUUUCAUCUGA